AUGAGCUCUGACGGGAUGCCAUCAGAAACUGUACAAGCAGUACCUGUUUCUCCAUCUAUUGAGUUACCGCUUCGCCCCAAAGUGGAGUUUGAGGAAAAUGCUUCUCCUCCGCCAGCUGUCGAAGACGAGGUGAAAAGCGAGACUGGGAGCGAUGCUCUCCCAAAAGAGAAUGAAGCGGUCGAGGUGAAGAAGGCAAAAAAGAAAAGAAAGGCAGGCAAUCGAGGCAAAUCCAAGGUCGAAAAACACUUCUCAUUUCAUGCGGACUGUUCUGAUGUUGAAUUUCCCUCACUGCAAUCUAGUAAGCACCAUCUGCUGCAUACAAUCGCCUCCAGGGGUCUCUUUUUAACAGCUUCUAGUCGCCUUGAGACUGCAAUCCAACGAUAUGAGACAAAAAGACGGAUGAACUCUGAACGCAGAGAUGUGUUCUUGAAAUAUCUCUCAUAUGGAGGCGUCAAGGUUGAUCAGAAAAUGUUCGAGGGCAAUGAUGAAAAGGACCUCAAGCGUUUGGACUCCGAGGAGAUAAUCACAGCUACCGCUCAGACAAACAUUCCAGAGGAUCGUGCCGACUGGGAUGUUGAUUUCGAAACAGUGGCGAAGGGGUUCUUGUAUGCCAUUUCCUGCCACAAGCUUGGGCUCCUUUUGCUAGCUUUAUCGCUGACUACUCCUCUCAGCUCCUCUGUCAUCCCACAGUUUAUCAGCCUUGACACCGAGCAGCAGGUCGAUCUGGUGACGAGCACCAUUAAAAACUUUCUCAACUACAUCCUUUAUCACGAGGUGUGCCCAGAAUUCAAAGAGAAUAUCAUGGCUGCGCGUUCAAUUUGUGAUUUAGCGAAAGACCAACUCUGGAAAAUCCAACAGUUGAAUACGGCUGCUCCUGGUAACUUCAACAUGGCCUGUUCUACCCUAUUCGGUGGAUCAUAUUUUGGCGCAUACACUGGUGAUCGGGAAUGGAGUGAAGGCAUGGAGUCUGCCGGCAUGCCCGAGAAUGCUGCCCGAAAAGUGGUCAAAUUCGGCCUCGCUGGCACAGGCACCCACGAACAAGCCAUUAGGUUCCGCGACCUUGCGAAUGAAAAUGAACUCGCCGCAAAGCUUGUCCACGAAGACGGAUUCGAAGUCCUAGAGAUCACGCCAGCGAGCCCAGAAGUCAAGGAUUUCUACCACGAGACAAUCUUCUCCGACUUUGCUUCGUGGGGAUGA